UCUGAGGAAAUAAUGAAACCAAAAACAAGAGAGAGAGAGAGAAAGUUAAAAAAAUAAAAAAAGAAAAAAAGAGACUCAUUUCUAGAGCGAGAAAGGGCAGCAGAAACAUCAGAGUAUUUUAGAGAAAUACACAGAGAUGGGACAGAUCGUGAAGAGGAAGAAGAAAGGAAGACCAUCCAAGGCAGAUCUAGCUCAGCGGUCGUCGGGUCAGAACGCUGUGAAUACCGAGCAUCAUCGACGGCGCAGUCUCCGGCGCCAGAAUGUGAGGUAUAACAAUUUCAUCGACUACGAUGACUACGUUGACGAGUUCGAGGAGUACGAGGAGAGUGAAGAAGAAGAGAAGAGGAAAGAGAAGAAGCUCAAGCUCGUACUUAAGCUCAACAGCCAAGAACAGAGCCGCAAUAAAGCGACGCGUGUAGAACACGCGCGUGGAGAUGCUGCGUCUUCGUCGGAGGACGACGAGAGCGAAAAGAAGCCAUUAAGGAAGAGGAAAAUUGACAGCGGAGAUGAUAGUGAAGCCGAGAACGAGAGUGAAAAUGAUCAUGGAAUUGAAGAUGAUAACAAUGAAGAGGAAAGGGAAAGAAAAGUUGAUACCAAAAGGCAGGACUCUGUACCAGGAACACCUACUGAUCAUCCAAAUGGGUUGCCUUUGCCUGACAAGAAGUCGCUCGAAUUGAUCCUAGACAAGCUUCAAAAGAAGGACACGUAUGGUGUGUAUGCAGAACCGGUGGAUGUUGAAGAGCUUCCUGAUUAUUUUGAUGUAAUUGCGCAUCCAAUGGACUUUGCCACAGUGAGGAAGAAACUGGCGGAGGAGUCGUAUUGGAACUUUGAACAAUUUGAGAGUGAUGUGUUUUUAAUUUGCUCAAAUGCAAUGCAAUACAAUUCACCAGAGACCAUAUAUCAUAAGCAGGCACGAGCCAUCCAAGAGCUGGCAAGGAAGAAGUUCGAGAAGUUAAGGAUUGACUUAGAACGCUCUGAGAAGGAGCUUAAGUCAGAACUGAAAACAAAACCUAACUUCUUGGUGAAAAAACAAAUGAAGAAGCCUUUGAGCCGGACUGUGCAGGAACCUGUAGGGUCUGAUUUUUCUUCAGGUGCCACUCUUGCCACUGCUGGUGAUUACCAGAGUGGUUUUGUUGCUGCCCAAUCUAGUGGCUGUGACAGACCUAGUAAUAUUGAUGGGCCUAUAGAAGGUACCUCUUCCCUGGUUGAUAAUACUUUGGAGAAAGCAGAAGAACUACCAUCAGGGAAGGGUCUCCUAUCCAAAUAUGGGAGGAAGUCAUCCAUGCUUGAUGAAAACCGUCGUGCUACUUAUAACAUAUCAAGUCAACCUGCAGCAAGAUCAGAAUCUAUAUUUACAACAUUUGAGGGUGAAAUCAAACAGCUGGUUGCUGUUGGGCUUCAUGCAGAUUAUUCUUAUGCUAGGAGCUUGGCUUGUUUCGCUGCAAUGCUUGGACCUGUAGCAUGGAAAGUUGCGUGUCAGAGGAUUGAACAAGCACUACCCCCAGGGUGUAAGUUUGGCCGCGGGUGGGUUGGAGAAUACGAGCCACUGCCAACACCAGUAUUAAUGGUUAAAACACAUGCACAAAAAGAAUAUACUUCAUUUACAAAAUUACGAGGUGCUGCUGAUGCAAUAAAGAGUGAAUCAACUUCACGGACCCCAGUUUCUGACAAGGAAAAUCAUGUUAAUACAUUGAUUUUAGAAGGAAAACCAUCUUUGAUUCGUCCAACUUGUGGGCAUAUUGCAGAAGGAAGAUCAUCCUCCUUUUCUUCUUCUAGAUCGAAACCCAGUAUCCCUCUCCCUGUUAAUCCCACUUAUCAGCAGCAAAACCUUCCACCCAGGAAGUAUGCUGAAGCUCAAAACAAGGCUUCAAAACAAGUUGAACUUAACUUACCUCCAUCAAGCUAUCAAAAUGAUGCCGAUGUUGCAGAAAAGCAUCUUCCUGGUACUUCAGAAACGGCAAAUACCAAGCCAAGGGAGAUUCCGAGGACGCUGGGUCUUAUGCAGUCAGUGCCUUCUAAGCAGCCAGAUGAUAAUGAAGUUGGUUCUGGUGGGUUACCCAAUGGAAAAGUCACUAGUUCCUUGAUUAGUAGAUCUUCUGAUGGCGUUCCCAAUCAAAUGGCCCGAGCACCAACAUUCCUUGCCCAACAUCAGGAACAUUUUCUUCACGAUCCAGUUGAAGCUAUGAGAAUAUCAGCGGAAAGGGCUCAAAAACAGCAGAAACCUUCAAAUCAAUCUUCAGUUGAUACUUCACCUGUUAUACCAUCACUUCCACCAGUAAGAAAGGAUUCUAACAAUGCUGCUGCUGUUGCAGCCCGUGCAUGGAUGUCCAUAGGUUCUGGGGGUUUUAAAGUACCGAGUGAAAAUUUCCCCACACCCACAAAUCAGAUAUCUGCAGAGUCUUUGUACAACCAAACUUGGCAAUUGCAUCCACAAUUUCCUCAAGUGCAUGGCCAAUUUCCUCUUCCUUUAGGGUCGAAAUUUCAUACUGAGAAGAAUAGCAUGCCAUUUCAAGCAUUUAUGCAGCCACCUGUUCAUGCAGGAAAUGGACAGUUUCAAAACAGACUUAUGGUCUUCCCUCAAUUUGUAGCGACCAGCUUGUCUGGGAUUCAGAUGCAAUCAUCACGGCAAGGCCUAAGUCCACAUUCUCAGCCAAAGCAAAAGCAGGAAGCACUUCCUCCUGACUUGAAUAUUUGUUUCCAGUCUCAAGGAUCUCCAGUGAAACAGUCUUCAGGUGUCAUGGUUGAGUCACAGCAGCCAGACUUGGCAUUGCAACUCUGAUUUUGGAUGGGCUUUUUAGCGGAUCAGGAGAAUGACGGAUUGCUGAUGUUGAGGUAAUAUGACUGUGGACACAAGAACUUAAAAAAAAUUUUAACUCAUCACGCCUCAGCUGCAUGGCCUGCCUAAUUUUGGUGUGAGGAUCACAACACUGUCUGUGCAAAGAAGGGAUUUUUGCAGUUGCCAUAGAUGAAAUGACGACCGGAGAUUCGACAGAGCUGCAUGUGUUGGGUCUUUUUCCCAUUGAAGAUUACUGACUCAAAACAGUACUUAGUUUAUGUCAGGGAGUUGAACAGAAGAUAUAUUAUGGAAAAAGUAGGAGGAUUCUUGAUCUCUAGGACCAUCAACUAUUAAUCAUAAAUCAAAUGAAUCAUACGUAAGUUCUAGUUUCAGCAUUUCCCUUGUACAUUUGAUUCUGGUCGAUGAAAUUCUUGUCGUCUUUUGAUUCCUCAAUAUGAACGCAUUGAUAAUUUCGCUUC